AAUAUUGAAACAGAGAGGGCGGCCUUUCACUUUCCCAAUUUCUCCUUUCCUUCUUGAGCUUUUUUGAAAAACCAAAGCACAUGCCUUUACUCCUUCUCUCUCUUCUGUAAUCAUUUCUUCUUCUUCUUCGAAUCUUCUUCUUCUUCGCCUCCCGCAUUCAAUCCGUGCGCCGAGCAAUUGAGGUCGAGCUCGCCUUCAUCUGAUCUGGAGAGCCCGUGACCCAUUUAUUUUUUCUGUGACUUUCCGCUUUUUGCAUGACCUGUGUGAGUAGCCCCCAAGUUCUCACCUUUUUGUCUCCAUUUCCUUGCUAGCUACCCUUCUCGAUUUUCUUGUUGGGUUCUUCUGUUCUAUUGCUCUGGUUCUUGCUCUAGCUCGGAAACCCUGUUCUGGAGUGAUUUGUUGAAGUUAUGACGCGGAUGAGCCGUGAUUUUGCCAACACAAUGCAAAAGGAGGCAGUCUCGGCAGUUUCCAACGAUGUAAUAUUUGCUUCGAGUCGGUUCCCCAAUUACAAGCUCGGAACCAACAAUCAGAUUUUGGAUUCAAAGGAAGAUCCGAAGGUUCUAUCCAUGAAGGAAGUUGUUGCACGAGAGACUGCUCUGCUGCUGGAACAGCAGAAACGUCUCUCAGUUCGCGACCUUGCCAAUAAAUUUGAGAAGGGCUUGGCUGCUGCUGCUAAAUUGUCUGAAGAGGCUAGGCUUAGAGAGGCUGCCUCAUUGGAGAAACAUGUUCUUCUGAAGAAGCUCAGAGAUGCGUUAGAGGCUUUGAGAGGGCGCGUUGCCGGUCGGAAUAAGGAUGAUGUGGAAGAGGCUAUUGCGAUGGUUGAAGCUUUAGCUGUUCAGUUGACUCAAAGGGAAGGAGAGUUAAUCCAAGAAAAGGCAGAAGUGAAGAAACUUGCUAAUUUCCUUAAGCAGGCUUCUGAAGAUGCUAAGAAGCUUGUUGAUGAGGAAAGGGCUUUUGCUCGAGCUGAAAUUGAGAGUGCAAGGGCCGCAGUUCAAAGAGUAGAGGACGCUCUCCAAGAGCAAGAACAUAUGUCUCGUGCCUCUGGGAAACAGGACUUGGAAGAACUGAUGAAGGAGGUGCAAGAGGCCAGAAGGAUCAAAAUGUUGCAUCAGCCCAGUAAGGUUAUGGACAUGGAACAUGAGCUUCAAGCACUGAGGACCCAACUUACAGAGAAGUCUAAGCGUGCCAUUCAGCUUCAGAAAGAGUUGGCAAUGACUAAAAGGGGAGAGAAGAAUCCUCUUCUCUAUGAAUUAGAUGGACCCGAAGCAUUAGGAUCCAUUCUGCAGAUUGUUCCAUGUUCUGAUAAUGCCCCAGAAAUAUCUCAGUGCAUAGUUCAAUGGCGCCGUGUGUCAUCAGAAGGUGGAAAAAAGGAGCUUAUUUCAGGAGCAACAAAAUCAGUUUAUGCUCCUGAGCCAUACGAUGUGGGACGAAUCCUUCAAGCUGAUGUUCUUUUCGAUGAACAGAGAAUUACUUUGACAACUGCUGGGCCUAUUGAACAAGCUCCUGGCUUGGGAAGUUACGUGGAAGCACUGGUGAGGAAGCACGAUACACAGUUCAAUGUGGUUGUUACUCAGAUGAAUGGCGCAGAGCAUACUUCAGAAGCUAUUCAUUCCCUUCAUGUGGGCAAAAUGAGGAUGAAGCUUUGCAAGGGAAAGACAACCGUCAUUAAGGAGUACUAUUCCAAUUCAAUGCAGCUAUGUGGGGUCAGAGGAGGUGGCAAUGCUGCACCUCAGGCAUUGUUUUGGCAAGUCAAGAGUGGAGUUUCCUUCGUGCUAGCAUUUGAAUCCGAGAGAGAAAGGAAUGCUGCGAUAAUGCUUGCGAGGAGAUUCGCCUAUGACUGUAAUAUCGUUCUUGCGGGACCACAAGAUAGAACUCCUUCAGCGACCCAGUAGAGCCAUCUGAACUGCCUCCGCCUUAGCGAAAGAUGUAAAUUAUGAUUGCGAGUUUCUUUUUUGUUGCUCUGUAUGUAUAAUAUGUUUGUAACUGUAGAAUGCGUCCUUGAUCGUUUUGCUGCCCCAAUUCUUUCCGGGUUUUCGGUUUCUCAGUGUUAAUUUUGCCCCCAAGGCAAGGCAUCCUUUUAUCUGCCUUUUCGGUCGGAUUGCAACCUUUUUUCAGCUUCUUGGCUUUCACUUGGAGAUUGCUGCACCUUGAGGAUUCUUCCAUGUAUUGACUGAUUGAAAAUUCGAUGAAUGUUAGACUCAGAAUCAUUGCCUCUAGCA